AUGGUCGGCGUCCCCAAAAGCACGGGGUGCCUCAUCUGCCGGAAAAGGAAAAUUAAGUGCGAUGAGACCUGGCCAGCUUGCGUAAACUGCCAAAAGAACGGCAAGUCAUGCCCAGGUCCCCCAGCUCGACACACCUUCAGAGACCUCGGUCCCAGGUUCAACGCAAACUCUGCAGGGUUCGCUGGCGAUGAAUCCAGUGCACCGCCAGAUCAAGGCCACAACCGCUUGACGCAAUUGAACGAGAAGUUCGCCAAAAAUGGCUCAGUGGUCCACAAGUUCAGGAUCUCGCCCAGCGGUUCGACACCUCGAAAAAGGUCACCCCGCUCAAUCUCAGGGUUCAGCCCGCCCAAGUCACCCUUCCCGAGACACCCGUCGCCAUCACAAGAUCAGCAGCUCGCGCAUGCCUUGAUCGCAGCUACGAGAACCGGGAGUGCUGGACAUCGAAUGUCCGUCUUUGGAUCCUUCAUCCAAGAAGUCCCGGCUAGGAUUGGACACAAUCCUGCGCUUGACGCCGCCGUUACUGUACUCGUCAAUGUCCACACAUCGUUGGUCUACAAAAAGGCAGCAAAUGAGAUCGUUUCUCCUGAACUCUAUAUCCGAGCCAUCAAGACACUACAAACAUGUCUCGAGCAUCCACAACUCGGUUUGUCAUCCGAGACACUUUGCGCAUCGAUACUCUUGGGUUUGGUUGAGGCGUUUGCAGGACCCAGGACGGGAAAUCGAUAUUUGACCCAUGUAGGAGGCGCUGGGCGAUUGAUGGAACUGCAAGGUCCCGGAAGGUAUCAUGACACCUUUACAAAGGAGAUGCUACGCUUCAAUCGAGGCGGAAUCAUUAUUACUUGCAUGUACGAACGGAAACCAUGCUUCCUUGCCUCACCCGGCUGGCGAGAGAUAGCUUUUGACAAGACGGGACUCGGAUUCGAUGAUUGCUUGAAUACCGAUUUAAUGCAAUAUAUGGCAGAGUUGCCAGGUAUCUUCAACGAGCUAAAAGAGCUAGGUGACCAGCGUGUCUUUCAACUUUCACGCACCUCGGGCCUCAAUUUUGACUCGAGUGGUCAAUCGCAAAAGUCCUCAUCCGAGACUCCCCCGUCACUUGACUUCUCCUCAGGAUCCUUUGAUGACAUGGAAUUUCUGGACGAAUUACAGCCCAUCGAUGCGUCCUAUCCGGUCGAUCCAAGCUCAUAUGCCUGUCCAUACGAUCCUGCACGUGCUGCCUUACUGCAAAAGGUACGCAACCUCAAGGACGCCCUUCGUACACUGGGCGAACACAUGGAUGCGAAACUCAGAAACGGGACCGUUGCAUCCGAGAGAGAACCCAGCGAAAGGGGCAGCCCUGUACGCACAAUAUACCACUUCAACCAUUGGCGGGACAUGACCGCAUACAACUGCUUCUGGUCCGUCGUUAUCCUGACGAACAAGAUUUUAAUGCGACUCCUGCCACCCUUCGAUCGAAGCGUAUACGAGAUGCAAUUUGAAUGCCAGUAUAUUGCUCUCGAAAUCUGCAAGACAUGGGAAGACGCCUGGGCUAGUAGGCCAAUAGGUGCGUUUCACACGGGCCUUAGUUUUGUCGUUGCAUAUGAGUUUUGCGCUCAGGAUGUCAAAGAGUGGAUCGUCAGAGGGUUGAACUCUCUCCUUGACUAUCAGCAGGUGGAUGCAUUUCGUUGGUCAGACGAAGUCAUUACUCAUAUGUCUUCUAAACUUUCUGGGGAAGGACCAGGUCUUGCUUUCUCCAAUUUUAGGACCUCAGGAGAAGCGACUUGA